CUUCGGUCUGUCUGCAGCGAGUCUCCGGUAUGGGCAGCUGCCUCACUCCUCAACUUUUUUACCAGGGAUUUUACCACAGUUGUGCUCCAUUUCUCACGGUUUUACAUCAACUAGAAAUGGAUUUGUGAACGGAAUAACCCGACAGUGUGCUUAUCCGACCUUUUGAAUUCAUUUUUUGUUGUUAAAAAGGGAAGAAGAGAAAAUGCCAGUUGCAACUCUUCUGCCUUUUACCGCGACCCCGAAUAGGAAGUCUGCCAGCCCGACCUCUUUCAGGUUGACAGAGAAAUUCAUCUUGUUAUUAGUGUUUAGUGCUUUUAUUACCCUGUGUUUUGGGGCUAUUUUCUUCCUACCGGACUCGUCGAAGCUGCUUAGUGGAGUUUUCUUUCAUUCCUCCGCGGUGGAAACCAACACCCGCACCGGUCCGGACAGCAGCGACCCGGGUUCGGCUGGCAACGAUGAGAGGGUCCUGCAGAAAAUCAAGAAGGACCAUGAAAACGCUCUGCUAGAGGCCAAGGAUAUUCUAAAAAAAGGACCUGGCGAGAUUGAGAUAGAAAUUUCGAAGGACAAAAAUAAAGUUUUAAAGGGGAAUACAGUUCAACGUGGGAAUGAUGCCAAUAAUUUACCUUUUGUUGAAUAUCAGCGACCCCCCGGAGCUACUGGACACGAACCUCUGGACCCAGAAACCAAGGCGAGACGCGCUAAGAUCAAAGAGAUGAUGAAACAUGCGUGGGACAGCUACCGGCACUACGCCUGGGGUUUCAAUGAGCUCAAGCCCGUCUCCAAGCAAGGCCACUCCAGCAAUCUGUUUGGAAGUAUAAAGGGAGCGACGAUAGUGGACGCUCUGGAUACUCUCUACAUGAUGGAAAUGUUUGAAGAGUUUGACGCUGCUACGGACUGGGUGGAGAAGAACCUUGACUUCAAUGUGAAUGCAGAGGUGUCCGUGUUCGAGGUGAACAUCCGGUUCGUUGGAGGUCUGCUGUCCGCCUACUACCUGUCUGGGAAAGAGGUUUACCGUAGGAAGGCGGUGGAGCUGGGAGAAAAGCUGUUGCCAGCCUUCAAAACGCCCACCGGCAUCCCCUGGGCUCUGCUUAACCUCAAGAGCGGCGUCGGGAGGAACUGGCCUUGGGCAUCUGGCGGCAGCAGCAUCCUGGCAGAGUACGGCACGCUGCAUUUAGAGUUCAUGCACCUCAGCAAACUCUCGGGGAAUCCUGAGUUUGCACAGAAGGUAAUGAACAUCAGGAAAGUCCUGAAUCGCCUGGACAAACCUCAGGGUUUGUACCCCAACUACCUGAACCCCAACAGCGGACAGUGGGGCCAACAUCACGUGUCUGUGGGUGGCCUUGGUGACAGUUUCUAUGAGUACCUGCUCAAGGCCUGGCUGAUGUCUGACAAGACUGACGACGAGGGAAAGAAGAUGUAUUAUGAUGCCCUGCAGGCGAUAGAGACGAACCUGAUGAGGAAGUCGAGCGGCGGGCUGACCUACAUCGCCGAGUGGAAGGGGGGGCUGCUGGAGCACAAGAUGGGUCACCUGACGUGUUUCGCCGGCGGGAUGAUCGCUCUGGGAGCCGACGGAGCGCCCAGCGACAAGACGGGCCACCAGAUGGAGCAGGCGGCCGAGAUCGCCCGGACCUGCCACGAGUCUUACGCCAGAACCGCUCUGAAGCUGGGUCCGGAGGCGUUUCGUUUCGACGGCGGGGUCGAGGCCAUCGCCACCCGGCAGAACGAGAAGUACUUCAUCCUCCGCCCUGAGGUCAUCGAGACCUACAUGUACAUGUGGAGGUUCACACACGACCCCAAGUACAGGGAGUGGGGCUGGGAGGCAGUCCAGGCUCUGGAGCAGCACUGCAGGGUGGAUGGGGGCUACAGCGGCAUCAGGGACGUCUACGCCUCGACUCCGAACCAUGACGACGUGCAGCAGAGCUUCUACUUAGCCGAGACACUCAAGUAUCUCUACCUGCUCUUCUCCGAUGACGACCACCUGGCGUUCGACCACUGGGUGUUCAACACCGAGGCUCACCCUCUGCCCGUCAUCAAGAAGGACAAAACAGACCUCCCCAACGAGGUGGAGUAGACCCCUCCUCACUGAAGUGCGAGAACCUCUGAUCCUGUACACCUGAGCCUCCUGCUGAAAACACUCUGCCUCACGGGGUGACAGAAGCCUCUCGAUUUGGGAUUCCUCUUUUCAUUUCUAAACGGGAUCAAAAACAGAACUCAUCCUCGUGAGUUCUUGCUGUAGAAUCCAGUUUUUCUUUUUCCGUGAACCAACACUUAUAAAUACUGCCCAGUGCUGACUCGACACACGCUGCAGUGAUAUCAUCAGACGGGUUUUAAUGUUCCUGCGAUACGAACCCGCUCUCUGAGGAUGUCAUUACAGCGAGCGGCAGUGGAUCCACCUCCAGAGGGACACCGUUCUGCGUCAGAGAUUUUUGUUGUGAGUAGCUUUUCUUUGUGUUUGUGAAGGGGAACACUGAGAGACCUCACCUGGAUUUUGGACCUGAGCUUCGGGCACCAGAACCCAGAAAGACUGCAGCUCUGGAAUGAGGAUUAAAACGGACGCUCUUCACACACGUCGCCUCCUCCUCCUGCUUUGUUAUCCCGACAGGAAGCGGCUUCCCUCUGCUUUUAUAAAACUGUGCGGUUGUCUUGGGAUGUCUUGUCUCUGUGGGAGUGGAGGAAAGACGCAGCACAUCCAGAGCUUCUUUUGAUAAACCCACAGAGCACCUCUGCUUCCUGCUUCACCUGACUGCUUCUUCCUCCAGCUCUCUGCCUGCCACUGACUUCACUUUCUCCCCGCGACGUUUCCACAAAGCUUAUCUCAUCUGUGUCGUUAUCUGGCGUCGUGCAUCCCGGAUUAAUUUCUUUUUCUCACAUUUGCACUGAUACCUCUGGGGGUUUGACUGAUGCAGGUUUCUUUUCCCUCAUCCACGUUUGCAGGAUUUUAUUUCUCGCUAUCUUGACAUUAAGCUCAUUGCCGAUGAAUACAGGGUUUCAGUAGUGUGUUAUAGUGUUGACGACCAAAGAAAAGGAAGAAAUCUUACCUCUAUGUCCACUUUUGUGCAGCUGUCAGCCACAUUUCCUGGUUCCUCAGCUGUAAGGGAGCAUAAGUGGACAUAGAGCUGAGUUUUUUUAUUUCUAUAAUUGUUUUUUGGCAGCCAACGUCAACGAUAAAUUCUCACCUUCCAUGUACUUUUUGGGAAUAGGUGAGUUGAGAUAGGGAAAUUUGAUUCAGGUUUUCCACAAACACCUUCUGAAAAUGUUCCUUUCCUUCCAAUUAAUCAAAAAUAACAUUAAGAUGCGUAAAGAAAAACUGCUUUUUUAGACCCUAAACGUUUCUAAUACUCAUUAACAAACCUGUGUAUCAGUCAAACCCUCUUCCUCCUCUUCAUCUUCAUCUGUUCUCCGUCCUCCAGCUCCAGUGUAGAGCAGCCUGUAGGAUCCUCUCUCCUCUAUGAGGAGACGCAGACACUUUGCUUUAGUAUUUCACACACACACACACACACAUACACACACACACACACACUCUCUCUCAAACACACAGACACAAGAAGCCAUACUGAUUCCAGCAGCGUUACCAUUGUGUCGUUGAGAUUUCGUUGUCCUCAAAACUGUCGUUGUACAUUUUCUUUCAACUCAUCCACGUCUGUCGUUCAGUGAAGAUCUCUCCGGAUGCCUCUCAGAGCUGUAGCCCGAUAAAAACCCAGUUUAGUCUUCGAUCUUUAGUGCCUUCACUGAUGGGAACGAGGAGUCGGAGGAGAAAUCACACUCACAGAGCUUUGAGUAAAGUCUGCCUCAGAUGAGGAUUACACCAAAACUAGAGACAGAUUGGAGGAUAAUUCCCGCUUUUUAAUUGGAGAUUCAAUUUAACUCUGGCUUAGAAUCAGCCCGGGAGGUGAAGUGGGGGAUCAGACCUGCAGAGAUCCUUCUGAGGAUCACAUUCAAUUAUUCCGAUAUGUCUUUCCUUCCUCCAGAGGCGAACAUCUGUCCUUAAAUAUCUUCACACCUGUAGAAGUCUGAGUGAUUUCCUUUACAACACUGACCUCUAGUGGUGAGGUCCUUCUACUGCAGUCCAUGUGAAACCUGGGUUACAUGACCGGAGUCUGAAGUAGAGAACAUGAUGUACCAGUCACUUAUUCACUUGUGCUUUUGACCAAAAUUCAAAACUACAAUGUCAAUUUGUUGGGUUUGAGGAUAAACAUCCCUCUAAAUAUUCAAUAUGUUACAGACGGAGUAUUCUCAGCUCCAAAAAUGACUUAAUUCAAAUAGAAAAUGACCAAACCUGAUCUUUUAAAAGAUUUGUUUGGCCUUCUGAGCUCUGAUAGAUACAGACUAACUAUCAGAAGUUAAUUUAGCCACUUAUUCAUCAAUCUGAGCCUUUAUUUUGUCUAUUUUGAUGGAGAAAUUACAUAAAAACAAGGAAAUGGUCAUUAAAAAUACCCAUAAAUCAGUAUUAAAUCAACUGUCUCAACUAAACUGAGUGACGGUUUUUCUUCUGCAGGUUUAAAGAUAUGUAACCCAGGUAUCACGGGACAGGCUGUAAAGGAAAGGUCUGCCAUCUUUUCACUAAAUUGAUUAUUAAAAAACACCCAGAUGGUUUAAAAAGUAGAUUCCUUUCACAUGUAUUUCUCAAUAUAUCCAACACUUGCUGAGUUUUCUGCAGCAGCACGAUGAUGGACCCGUUAGAGAAGAACCGAUUAAGGAAAAGGAGCUGCUGAUUUAGUUUGUUUUAAAAUCCAAUUUAAUCCCAGAAAUGAGUUUCUCAAUUGAUUUUCACCCGGUUGUAUUCAUACAAACGAAUGGACACACCGAAUCGUACUACCCAUGUCUGGACACACACUUAUCAGUGAGUGGUUCCUGUUUGAAUCGAUCAUUAUUAGAGUGUGUGUGCUGUGAGAAAUCCCUCCUGUUGCUCUCUGUACAGACGCAUCGUGUUUACUCUGUUUGCUCACGGUUUGUUUGGAGGCAUUUAUUACCCUUGUGAUGUUGUGUUUGUAAAGGUUGAUUUUUGCUGAUUGUGUUAAUUUAUUCUGUAGUGGUGAACAUAGGACUGUGGGGGGCGGACCACCAGGGGGCGCUGUGGGCUUAGGGGUAAUUGCAUAUUUAUCUACCAAAAAAAAGAAGCUGGAAAUGGUGCCGGAAACCCUGGGAUCAAACCAACGGGAGGAUAGGAGCUGUAUGAAUGUACCAUCCAAUGUGAAGUGAAUAAUAUUUGAUAUGCAUUUGUUUUUGUCUUGUUCUCUGUGCUUUUGCUUUUCAUUUAUCCUGGAAAGCACAAGGAGCUGAAGCAGUGCGGAGAGGAGUGUUUCUAAAGGCUGUUAGUGUAGGAAAUGAUCCAAAUCUGCCUCAUGAGGCGCAUCCCAACAUUAUAGAUCACACAUUUGUACUUUAUCCGACACGGAAAAUAGGAAUAUUAAGCAAUACAUUAUAAACCAGAUCUAUUUCAGAGUUUAUUACACAGUAAAGAAGCUGUUUGAGAUGCAGACGGAGACCUGUAAUAGCUGUUGGUUCAUAGAGAUGUGUGUUUAGGAAGGAAGGAGAGGUUCUGCAGAUUGUGGAAACAGCUGAGUGUCCUCUAUAAAUACUCUUUAGUUAUGUGUUGGCCCAUUAUUGGCUUUCAUCAUGCAAAUUUCAAAGGAGGAAAUGAACAUUUUUUGCAAAGCAUCAUCAGAUACUUUAAUUUGCUUCCUCUUUUCAUCAUUCAAAGUCAAACUUUAGAAGUUGCCGAAUAAAUAUGUAUAAAGGUGAAAAUAUAAUGCUACUUCGGGGGGGUUGAGUGCACUUAAAUUGCACACAGAUUAAAAGUAGGUAGGGAAUAAUAAAGGCAAUAACUGGUGGUAGUUUUCCAGCCUUAGAUAGAUGACUUUUCUGCAAAAGAAGGGGAUGGAUGCUGUCCACAUUUGAGUGAAGAGAACCUUUAUUAUUAUAUAUGAAAUCUAAUAACAAAUCAAGCUUAUAUUCUUACAGAGAUCGUGAUGGUGGGGGUUAUCUGUGUUGUUUUCCUUCACGGAGUUUGAAGGUGUGGUUAUUUUUCAAAGAUUUCUCGAUUGAUCUUUGACUGAGCAGUUUCCCUCCCUUGAGAGCAUUUUGGGUCUGUUUGAGUAACUGUGUGAGUAUUUUGACUUGUAAUUCAGUCUUAACGGGUUGAUAGGAGUCAGAACCUCGAUGGAUUAGCAUACACAUGAAUUUAGUGGGUUUAUUUCUGAAUAUUUAUCUGAAAAAAGUCAUUUUUAAACAUGUUUUCUCUCAUGUGACACUGAUCUGGUCUACCUGAAAUGCAGAAUGUAUUUGAUUUUUCAAAAUAAGAGUCUUCAGCUUCACACCGUGUGACAUCAGGCAUCCAUAUGCAGACUUUAUUUGUAUUUUAUUUUCUUCAUUUUGUUUUGUUUUUGGUGAUUUUUCUGGUUAUUGUGUUCCUUUCUUUUGGUGAAAAUUAAAGGGUAAUGCCACCUGUUUUUAAUAUUCAGAAUUAAGUCAGUCCUUGUGUCAAAUGAACCCUUUCUGCCAACAUAUUUUCUAAUUUAUAUCACUCUUUACUUUUAAUCACGAGGGUUCGUUAAACAUGGCUGGAUUAAUCUGGGUUUUAAACGGUGCGUGUUGCCCCUUAAGAGGUGUGUGAAUGAGUGAGACCAACCUCAGAAAGGUAUCUGUACAAAGUAUUGCUGAUAAUCAUUCCAUUGCACAUAGUUUACUUUGCAUUUAUAUGCAAUAUCUUAAUUUUGUGGGGAAAAUCUGUUUUGUUGUUGUUGUUAUUAUUAUUGAAAAUAAAAGUGUAAAUAUUCCAUUCAGGCGAACGAGCCGGAUUACAUUUAUAUAAAAAUCUUCAGAUCUUAUGAAUUAAAAUGAUAUUAAUAAGCAGCAGACUUUUUAAGAAACUAUAUUUGUUACACUUCUAUUGUGAAUAAAAACAAUCUUUUAAUAA